AUGGCUCCGAGUGCAGACUUAACAGCACAGUCCCCGCUGGCGCGCAUACCCAAGCUGAAGUACAGAAAUCCGCUGCCGGCCGACAGCCUUUCGAUUGCCUCCGAUACUUCCCAAGACAGUGGGCCCCACUCUCCAUAUAGUCAAGAGCCUCCCGCGACCCCGGAUUCGAACGCUCCUUCGAACAUCUCCCGCCCUUCCUUCGAAACUACCUCCGUGACGUCAUCCAGUCUGGCUUCCAUAUCCUCCAGCAACUCUUCGUCAAAUGGCUCCAAGUCAUCGAAGAAGAAGAAAAAGGGCUCUGUGCUCGGCUUUCUUUCUCUAAAAGAGCCGUCUCAAGUUGCCUUGGAGCAGUUCGCCGAACACCAGCGCAAGCAGAACGCCAACUCAGGAACAUCCACACCUCAGUCAAAAGCUAGCAGCAACUAUGCUGGCCAAAAGCUCCCACCAUCUGUCCCCAAGGUCAAUUCGAAAUGGGACGGUGUUCCUGAUUCUGUCAAGCACCGCUACUCGACAUCAGGCGGAUCAAGCAAAGGCAACAGAACCAGCGUAUCCUCCAAGGGCUCCUUUGGCUCGCCUCUCAAACAAGCCCCCUGGAACGAAUCGAAGUUUUCUGUAAUGACCGAUGGUACUCGCAAUCCACCCAACUCAGUCGCCUCCAUGUCCUUGUCCAACCUUGACAUCCGAGACGGGACUUCUGGGCUUGGAUCCUCACCAUCUACCACUACGCUCCCUGAAAUGUCUUACUACUUCCCCGACGGUCCUGCUGCAUCGGGCGCGCUACCUCCAAGAUCUGAGAGCGCAGGCGCAACGUAUGAUUCCAUUUCACAACUACCAGUUCGGCUGUCAGACUCUACUUCGAGUGAUCGCCCGAGCAUAGACGGAUCAGUAGACUCCAGACCGCAUUCUCCAGCCUCUUCAACGACAUCAACGGAUACGGUCGUCAUGGACACUGCAGAGACCAUCUUCAGAAAACUCAACGAUCGGCCCAGCCAAGGUGCAUGGGGGAGCGGUGCACAUGCUGUUCAGUCACCUACUCAGGACGAUUCUGAUGAUGUGCCCGAUUCACAUGACUUCCUCUUCCAACCGCAGCCUGUCAUAGAACGCCGACAAAGCGACCCAACCGCUAUCUACGAGUCGUCUUUGGCUGCAUCGUACAUCCCACAUUACGCCCCUCAGCGACCAGUUCAAAAUUUCAGUCGGCCAAUGGCAACCAGGGGCCCACCGCCCGUCCAGCGCUCUGCACACAUGCCACACUAUAGGAGGACGCCAUCAGCCCCAGCGCUACCGACCUUGUACGAAGCCUCACUGGCCAGCACCGAUGAUCUUCGAGAAGAUCGCGACGACGAUGAUGAUUCGUAUUCGAUCGCGCCUUCUACCAUCGCGCCCUCUGAGCUCUCCAAGCAUUGGUAUGAGUCUCCACGUGAACGCCUGGGUCUGGGCAGGCGCCUUCAGAUUAAUGACGUCUCACCUUGGGACGAGCAGAGAGAGGCCGCAGGUAAGCCCAAGAAAAGUCGAUUGUCGAUGUUUGGGAAGGCUGUGUCGAGAGGAUAG